ACCAAAUCUCUCUCUCUCUCUCUCUCUCUCUCAAAUCUAAAAUUAAUCUCAAGUGGUCUAAUCGACAUUUAAGAGAAAAAACCUGGGAGGGUGGUUAGGCACUUACAGCAAUGGCAGUUAACAGAAAAAUAUCGGCUGCAUCAGCGAGGGCUCACACCAGAAAAUCAAAGCAGAACAGCUCAUUUCAGCUACCUUCAGAAUUUUCAGGAUUGUUUAAGAAAAUAUCAGUGGUCUUGUUGAUUGGGUUUUUGGCAUGGGCUUAUCAAGCCAUCCAACCUCCACCACCCAAGAUCUGUGGCUCUCCAGGCGGUCCACCUGUUACCGCUCCUAGAAUUAAACUCAGGGAUGGAAGGCAUUUGGCUUACAGAGAGAACGGUGUCCCCAGACUUAAGGCAAAAUAUAAGAUUAUCUGGGUUCAUGGCAUCGAGUCUUGCAGACAUGAUGUGAUGCAGCUAUCUCCGGAAAUAACUGAAGAUUUAGGCAUCUACUUGCUGUCCUUUGACAGAGAUGGGUAUGGCGAGAGUGAUCCCAAUCCAAAGCGAACAGUGAAAAGUACAGCUCUGGAUAUAGAAGAGCUUGCUGAUCAGUUGGGACUGAGAUCCAAAUUCUAUGUAAUUGGGCAUUCCAUGGGCGGUGCAGUGGCUUGGACCUGCCUCAAGUAUAUUCCUCACAGGCUUGCAGGGGUUGCACUACUUGCUCCGGUUGUCAAUUUCUGGUGGCCUGGCUUGCCCACCAAUUUAACUAAAGAAGCAUAUGAGCAGCAACUACUGCAGGACCAAUGGACGGUAAGGGUCGCUCAUUACACCCCAUGGCUGACCUACUGGUGGAACACUCAGAGAUGGUUUCCUGCUUCAAGUAUUCUAGCCCAUUCCCCUGAGGUUCUUUCUCGCCAAGAUAAAGAGUGCAUGCCCAAGUUUGCAAGGAGAAAUGAGUACAUGGCACAGGUUAGGCAGCAAGGGGAAUUCGACUGUGUGUUCCGUGACUUAAAUUUUGGCUUUGGAAAUUGGGAAUUUGAUCCAAUGAAACUAGAAAACCCAUUUCGAGACGAUGAAGGUUCCGUUCACUUAUGGCAGGGAGAUGAGGACAGGCUUGUACCAGUUACCCUGCAGCGUUAUGUUGCUGGAAAGCUCCCAUGGAUUCAUUAUCAUGAGCUACCAGGUUCAGGUCAUAUGUUUUCUUGCAUAGAUAGUAUAAAUGACGCUAUUGUAAAGGCACUCUUGCUUGGAGAAAAGUAGACUUCUAGAGACGCAAUUCUCUUCUUCCCUUUUGCAUGAGACUUGGAACUUUCGUUUGGUUAUAUCAAAUCUUUGUUCAGCAAAUUUUGUUUUAAUCUUUAUGGCUUCUGCAUUCUAUUGUUGAAUGAGAACAGGAUAUUGACAA